GGCGUAUGUCUGCCUCGCCUGUAGAUGGCAGCAGUGCUCCUGGCGUGCGUGUAGCGUGCCUAAAAUUGACAAGAAGAAGAAGAAGAUAAACUUUUACCGGAAAAGAUCGUUGGCUUAAUUGAGCUGCUCACAGUCUUCACAGAGAAAUGCAGAGUGCUGGAGGCAGCGCUGAUCAGCCUCAUCCUCUGUUUGGAGGAGCGCUGUCAGCUGUCAUCCCUCACAGCGCCACGGACACCAGUGAGCUGAGAGAGAUCCCGGACAACCAGGAGGUGUUUGUCCACGCACACACCGACCAGAGCCUGAUCGUGGAGCUGGUGGAGUACCAGGGUCAGGUGGCAGACCAAGACGCUGCUAGGUAUCACUUUGAAGACAUCGCAGGCAGUAACAAAGCUCUAGAGCCAGGUGCUUUUGAAGUGACCAGUGUUGUGCCCCUACCUAAAUCUGAGCUGUCCCUGUCAGACUGCAGCUCUGCCUGGAUGCUGACUGGGACACAGUGUGUAUCCAAAUUCAAUGAAGAAGCGAAGAAUACAGUGACCCUUCACCUGGGUCUAUUCCGUCUGCCACAGUUCUCCACAGAUGUCCUGAUAAGCUUCAAUGACCCGCAGAGCAUCAAUCCGGACAGCAGCAGUGCUGCUUCAGUGGGGACAAACAGAGAGCCAUGGACGAUGCAGGACUUUCAGCGCUUGUUGCAGACUCUGACUCUGCACAACCCUGGGCUGUUUGAGUAGAACAACUGAUACUUUCCCAGUGUGGGACCUCACCUGAUUACAGAUUUAGUCUCGGGUACAUUUAAACAUAAUAGGCCUGUGUUUCGCUGGGGCCCCAUUAGAAUCUGGCCUGUAGUAUGCUUUGUGUCCCAACCCAAAAGUUUUGGAAGCAAUUCCUUCGAGCAGUGGUCCUGUCCCUGCCAUGACAUACAUGUUCUGUUCUGCCUUUAGAUUUCGUUCUGACAACUAAAACUGAACUGAAAACCAAACAUAUAUACAUGAUAUAAAGAUAGUUUUGUCCUAAUAAAUGUUUUGGAAGAAACAUUGGACUAUUUCAUUAUUUUUGGAUCACCUGAUUAAGAUUUAUUUGUAGGUUAAAGAUGUUCUAAAAUUGGCCUGCACUGUGGUGAUUUACUGUUAUUCUCACAGAUCAGAUUAAUAUGAUCACAUUGAUGUUAUUUUUUUUAAGGCUCUUCUGUUUUAUGUGAAGGUAUGCACCUGAGAGAGAGAUAAAUAAAUGUCAUAGACAUGUA